AUGGAUUCAAUGAUGAAGGUGAAACCUUUGCAAGUCAACUAGGAAUAAAGUUUCAGGAUGUAUAGCAAAAAACAAUAGAAGAUUUUAAAGCUGGUGCUGCCUCAGAGGAAAUCGCAUAAAUUAGGCUUGAUCACUAUAUGCAAAAGAGAGCUAGUAAUACUUCACCAAAUUAAAAUUUUGUUAAUAGAAAAACUUGUGAAGAUACUCAGUUUGAUAAAGAAAUAGCAGGCUUCUCCAUAUCAAUAAAAUGGCCAAAGCCCUAUCAUAAACCAGAAAGAUGAUUUGUUCUAAUCAUACUUAGCGAGCAAUAUAAUGCAUUCCAAAGGAAAUUCAACUUUCAUCUCUAUUAGCUCAAAUCACUAUUAGUCUCCAAAUAGAACCUUUUUCAGUCAAAAAGGCCCUUCUACCUCACAUAAAAAAUAUGAUUUGGCAAGUAUAAACGCUGCAUCAAGAAGUAUGAAGCCAGGUACAAAUCAUGUAAAUUUGAAGACAAAUCUUUUGAUGAAUGAAGAUAGUAACAAUGGAAAAGACAGUGGAAAAUCAAAUGCUAUUAUUAAUCGGGCUGCUUUAAAUAAAACUGAAUAGGGUUAGAAAGUAGCUUUCUUGUCUUAGCCAUCAAAUGCUAUUGGAAAAGUUAAUAUAAGAUCUAAUUUCAUAAACUCAUAUGACAUUAGAAGACAUAACAUAAAUCGUAGUUAAUCUCCUGUUUUGAUAGAUAAUUCAAUACACGCAUAGCAGAUGCCUCAUCUGGAUUCAAAUAAGUCUGCAAUCAAGAUUGGAAAUUUAAGCUUCAAUGAAUCUUCUUUGGCAAAAUAUAGAUACUAGGCCAAAAACAGUGCUGAAAGAGAUACAGCUGUGAGAUUCAUGAAAGCUAGAGAGUAAGCUGAAUAAGAGGCUAAAAGACAUUUAGAAAAACUAAAUGACCUAAUGAAAAAAAGGCAAGUAAAAGAAAAGAAAAUGGAGGAAAUUUUAAGGGAAAAUUCUCAAGAAAGAUUAAUGCGUUUGGACUAAAUGAGUAGGAAGAGAAUUAUCGCAAAAGAUAGAGUAGAAAAAGAUAAGAAAGAUUAAGAGUAAAAGUCUAUGAAGUUUUUUAAUAGCACUCUAAAACAAAUAGAAGAUAGAUUAAUGAGGUAAAAAUCUGUAGAAAAAGAAAGAGCAUAAAAUGAUUUUUUGAAAUAAGAAAAUUCAAGGAUGAGUGCAAUGAGACAUUAGACCUCAUAUAUAGGUUAUACUGCAAGAACUAAUUAAAAUGAUGACGAGUUAAAUGAACAGCUAAGAUCUUUAGAUGACAAGCUUAAUAAAGGGGUUUAAAGAUCAUAAAUGUUAAAGCAAUAAAUAUCUACUAGAGCGGCGCAAGUCCAUUAAAAAAUAAUUGAUAAAAACUUAAAGUAAGUUUAGGAAUAGCACUUUAAUGAAAAAUGGUCUUCCUACUUGAUGAAAAGGAAUAAAGUAGAAUAGAAACUUGGAGAGCAAAGAAAGUAUAUGGAUGAAAAAUGGUAAUAUCAGCAUCAAUAGAAUUAAGUUAAGUAAGAAAAGAGUGUUUAGAUUAAAAAGGAUUAAGAGAAAAGUUUUGAGCAAAAGUUUAAACAAUAUCAAAGAAAAUUCUUGUCAAGUGAAAAGCAGAUAAAAUAAAAUUAGGAGAAACUGAGACUAGAAAAACUCAAGAAAGAGGAAAUAUGGCAUCUAAAAAGACAAGACUAGCUUGAUAAUCUUGAGGAAUAAAAGAUGCUAAGGGAAUAGGAAAGAAUUAAAUUAUAAACUAAGCAUCACUGGAUGAAUUUCUAAUCUCAAAGUAUAAAGGAAAUGAAUAGGUAGAAUGAUGAAGCAAGGUUGAAGUAAGAGAUGGAAAGAAGAAAUUACAUCAUGAGUAAGAAAAAAGCAAGACCUUAUGACGAAAUGAAAGACAUAGUACUUGCUGAUGCUGCAAUUACCCCAGACAUUAAGAAGUUUCAUAUUAAGACUGUUCAUGCUAAUAUGUAAAGCAAUAUAUGA